GUCGAAAUAGCCAUUCGCUGCUCCUAUUUAAUGUUUGCAACGGUCACGUUUAGUUUACCAUCUUAAGAGCGACGACAACCUUAGCAUGAUUGGUUACGAAGUUUUACCUUGGCUAACUACAGCGUUAGCUGUUUGUUAUGGUGUUUAUUUAACCUACAAGACUAGUUCUUGCUGUGGUGGUAAUAAACAAAAAAUGAAUCGAAAGAUCGAUCUAGACAACGUUAAAGUGGUACAUAGUUUCGAUAUUGAAGAUCUUGACCAGAAGGCUGUUUUCUGUCGCUGCUGGAAAUCGGAAAAAUUUCCAUAUUGUGAUGGCACUCACAACAAACACAAUGAGUUAACUGGCGAUAAUGUGGGCCCAUUGAUUAUCCAAAAGAAAUGAGGUUAUUCGCAAGAUCAAAGUGUAAAAGGAGAUUAGUAAGAGAAUAAUAACAAAAAAAUAUAUUAAUAAAAUUGUAAUAACAAAAGAA